AUGCCCAGCACCAGUAACAGUAGCAGCAUCAGCAGCGGCGGCGUUGCCGGCGCAAAAUUGACUCCCAGCCGGCCAUCGUUUGUGUGCACAAACUGCCGUCGGCGAAAGGUGAAAUGCGAUCGGAAGACCCCCUGCACAAGGUGUGUGAAGUCGGGGUUGGUCCAGACGUGCACGUACACAGUCAAUCUAGAUGACCUACCUCAGCCCGAGGGUCUGGAGGAGCUCUUAGAGGCGGACGGCGGUAUGGAAAACCUCUUCGGUGUAAGCGGGCUGUCCGUCCGGAGCGAACAGCGCUUAUAUCCGGGCCAGCUAGACCCGUCCUCGACGGAGUCGCAAACGACACUGGACGCAGACGCAAAUACAAAGAACGAAGAUGGAGACUCCUUGGUGCUCCGCAAGGAGCAGAGCUUCCUCUGCAACUUCCAGACGCUGCACUACAAGCGGCCCUUGUUUGUGAAAAACGGAGACAGCAUUCGGUACCUAUCUCCGAUCUCCCUCGAUGCGAUCUUCAGCAACAACAAGCUUUUUGAAAAGUUUCGGUUGAUGAUGCCUUGUCUCUUCGAGGAGGAUGCGGAGGAGACCGGGAAGACUCAGUCCACGAACGAGGAGCUCCGAAUCCUGAGUGGCAGCUACACCAAAACCGAGAUCGAUGCCCUCAUCACUCAGCUCAUCCUCCCGAAUGUCGACGCCAUCAAGGAGCGUAUCGCCUACUUUGACCAGGACAAAAGUGUGAUGUUGUGCAUGUUCAUUCCAGUAGCGAACCUCUCCCGGUUCAUGGAUGUCCAUUUUAUCAAGGAUCCUGCAAAUGAGAAGGGCUACCUUUACCAAAGCCCGGCUGUGGGGCCCAACGUCGGAGUUGCGUACGCCGUUUUGGCGAACAUCUUCUGCAUCGUCCAGCUGGUCUCGAUAGUGACUGAAAUGGACGAGACGGCAAACUUCCAAUAUACGAUGACCAUCUCUGUGGAUCUCAUAGGUCACACUGCCCUCAAAUGUAUGUGUUUCGCCGACUAUAGGAGGAAGCCAACCUUUGAACUCCUUUUGGCCUUUCUCCUGUACCGGAUCAACUUUUACGUUCUAGACUCGGUGUCAGCAACCUCAAACGCUUCCACAUUUUUCAACAUUGCCUUAGAUAUCGCAUUCAGCUUGGGCAUACACAUUCGCUGCGACCAGUUCGACAACCACACCGAGGACGACGUCCGGGCAGCGUGGAAUGUACUACAGUUCAUGGACUCAAUUACCUCACUCUACAUGGGUGAACCGCUAAAAAUAGACUACCGCUACUGCAUCCCAAGGCUAUAUGAGUACUGGGAGCCAAUCGUCUUGUACUUGAGAAACGUCGUUGCAGCCUUCAACUCUACCGACCCCAUCACGUUGAACGAAAUCAUUGAUCUUGCCAACUUUGCAGCCAAACUACUUUCCAUAUUUAAACCCUUUGACGAGCUACUCAACGAUACGACUUAUGGUCCGGUGCAGUACUUAUUUUCACUGGUGAUCAAGGCCGAUUUUGUGAUCUGCUACCAACUCUUACUUUUCAUUUUAAGACUUUCGGUCGAUGAGAUCGAUGAAUUGCCAAUCCAGCUGAACGAUAGCGACAGCGCCUUGGUGGAAGAGCUCAAGGCAAAGAGUGAGUGUCAUUUAUUUUACUGCUUGGUUGUGACUUUCUCCUUGAUGAAAAAAAUAUCUAAUGGGAAAAUUUCUUACCACAAGCAAGCGGUUAAGUUGAUGGUCGCUAUGAGAACACUUUUUUCGAGAUUCAUGCUCGUUGGUAAUAAACUCAUAUUUUGCUACCUUUCUGUUUUCAACACAAAACCUAAAAAGAUGGGCUUUGAACCACCUUCAACAGAAAUCUUUACUAAAAACGACUCGCUGAAGUUUUCCGAUAUUUCACUUUACGAUGCUGAAAAAUACCUCUGCUAUGGCCUUGAUGGGAUGUCCACAAAGGACCCAGAGUUUCAGAAAAUGAAGGGUUUGAUGAAGAGCUUGCUAUCAAUCAACGAGUUUCUCACAGAUUUCUAUAUUUCUAUGUCCGACAAAAGCCCGCUCCUUUCAUAUGGUAAAUUUCAAAGUCACUUCAAGUUUUUGAUUUUCAUCUGUAAGUUGUUGAGGAACGUAUACGAUUUUGAAAGUUUUUGGAGCACUAGAGACGACGAAGCAAGGUUCAAAAUUGACUACUGGAAACACAUCAUCGAUAAGACUGUGACUUACAUCAAGGCCAUCAAUGAAGUUGGCAUCGAUCAAGUCAAUUUGAGUAAUAAAUGGGAUCUCAUGGGCCCAGAAUGGGACUUCCUCAAGAGCGACGAAGUCCGUGAUAGUCUGGGCUACACCGACGACGAGUCCAAGGAAGACGGGCUGGAGGAGCUUUACCAGAUCUUCUUCUGA